CAGAACGAGGGAAGAGCAGAGCCCGAAGGCUGGGGUGCUUUAGGGAGCCUGCCUGACAGGCCUGGGCUUCAAGGGGGAGGAAAGGAAGCGGCAGACAGAGACCUGGACCAGCCUGGGCCACCAGCCCAGGGUUGUUGAGACACCAUGGGGGGCCUGGAAGGAGCCAAGCUGCUGCUGCUGCUGCUACUGCUGUUAGGGGGGGCGGGGAUAGCCUGGGAACCACACAAGGGGAAGUGCCCCCCAAGUUGUUCCUGUACCAAAGACAGUGCCCUGUGCAACGGCUCCCCCAAAGUGCCCGAAGGCUUCCCCCCUACCCUGCUGUCCCUGUCUUUGGUAAGAUCUGAAGUGACUCACCUUACCUCUGGCAGCUUCCUGGAGACCCCCUCCCUGCACCUUCUUCUCCUCACAGCCAACACCUUCUCUGUGAUUGGAGAUGAUGCUUUUGCUGGCCUCUCCUAUCUGCGGUAUCUGUUCAUUGAAGACAAUCACAUCAGCUCCAUCUCCAAGAAUGCCCUCCGGGGGCUGAGAUCCCUCACACACCUGAGUUUGGCCAAUAACCAUCUACAGACCCUGCCCAAGUUCCUGUUCCGAGGACUGGAGACCCUGAGCCAUGUGGAUCUUCGGGGAAACCCGUUCCUCUGUGACUGCCGCCUGUUAUGGCUGGUCCUGUGGCUGCCCCGAGUGAACGCCAGCGUGGGAGUUGGAGCCUGUGCAGGGCCCACGCCUUUAGCCAACAGGCAGCUCCAGCACCUGGACCCAGACACCUUCCAUUGCAGGACUGUGGAGCUGUCCUGGUUCCAGACCCUAGGAGAACCAGCGCUUGGUGUGGAAACCUUCUCCUACCUGGGGGAGCCGCACGUGGUACUGGCCCAGCCCUUUGCCGGCAGAUGCCUCUUUCUGGUCUGGGAUUACAUGCUGCAGCGUUUCCGGCCUGAUGAAGAAAUCCCGGCGCCGUCGGUGGUGGCCUGUAAGCCCCUGGUGCUAGGCUCUCGGCUCUUCGUGCUGGUGGCCCGGCUGUGGGGGGGAUCCCAGCUGUGGUCCCGCCCGAGCCGGGGGCUGCGUCUGUCGCCGUCCCAGGCCCUGGCCCCGGAGCUGCUGCUGAAGCCCAACGACGCCGAGCUGCUGUGGCUGGACGGGGAGCCGUGCUUCGUGGUGGCCGAGGUGUCCAAGGCCGGCCGCACCACGUUGCUGUGCCGCGACGGGCCGGGCCACGGCUUCUACACGCGCCAGAGCCUGCACGCGUGGCACCGAGACACGGACGCCGAGCCCCUGGAGCUGGCCGGGGAGCCGCACCUGCUGCUCGCCUCCGCCUCGCAGCGGCCGGUCCUCUACCGCUGGCAGCGCGGCCGCUUCUCACGGCGCACCGACGUGCCCGAGGCCGAGGACGUCUACGCCACCCGCCACUUCCAGGUGGGCGGAGACGUGCUCGUCUGCCUGACCCGCUACCUGGGCGACUCCAUGGUGAUGCGCUGGGAUGGUUCCAUGUUCCGGCUGCUACAGGUGCUGCCAUCCCGCGGUUCCCUCAUCUUCCAGCCAUUGCUCAUCGCUGGGGAUCAGCUAGUCCUGCUGGGUAGUGACUUCACCUAUAGCCUGGUGUUCCAAUAUGAGCCGGACGUGGGGCGCCUGAAGCUUCUGCAGGAGCUGGGGCCCCCAGUGCCCUCAGCGCCCCGGGCCUUCUCCUUCAUCUCUGUGGCUGGCCGAAGGUUUCUCUUCACUGCCAACUUCAAAGGCCCCACCCAAGUCUACCAGCAUCUCAUCCAGGACCUCAGUGCCUGACUAGGAAGGGAUGAAGACCCCCUCUUCUUGUCCCAUGUUCCCAGUGGGGCUGGAAACUCUUGUGACUGACAGGCAGCAUCUCCACAAGGAAAGAGCCUGGGGCUGGGAAGUCAGGAGACUUACAGUGGCUGAGCCACAUCUAAUAUACUGAGCAAGACCAUUGGCUUGUUUCAGCCUAUUUCCUUUCUUGGGAAAAACAAAGGGGUUGAACUAAAAGGCCUUAAAGGCCGCCUUCCAGUUCUAGCAUCUUGUGAGUCUUUGAAAGCGGAGUGACGAUGGGGCUGAGGAGGUAUUCCUUGGAGGAAAACUCCGUGUUUGAAGAAGACUUGGGUUCCAUUCUUUGCUCUGUUAUUGCAGAGCCUGUUUCUUCAUCUAUAAAAUGGGUAGAUAGUGGCAGGGAGUUGGACUGGAUAAUCUCUAAGGACCCUUCCUGCUUUAACUCCCAUGACCCAGAAGUCUAUUGGGACCAUCUCGCAGGACAAUCUCAGAUUCUGAGCCCUUGGCCCAGACAAUGACCCUGACCCUCCUGGCCACUGAGGGGACCUGACCUCCUGAGAAACCCCAUAUUGAGUCCAGAGCACCCCAAUAAGCAGGAAGCUGCCCCUGACAUGGUGGCAACUGGGUAGAGGCACCAGGAGCCGGAGAAAUGGCAAUGAUGGACCAAUGUGGCCAACUCUGGACUUGGAACCAGGAGAGCUCAGUUCCAAUCCUGUUCACACACCAAAUUGUGUGAUUCUGGGCACAUUUAAUUAUUCCAUGCCUCAGUUUCCAGAUCUGUAAAAUGAAGAUUAUCCCACUUGUGCCCCUACCUCACAGGGGUGUUGUGAGGAAAGUGCUUUGUAAAUCUUCAAGCACAGAAACCUGAGUGGUUGUUUUUAUAUGUGGAAAGGGUAGGGGGGCAGAAGAGAGGAGCUUGGAGUAGAGGUCCAGAAAUGUUUCUCGGGCUUGAGUUGAGAAAUGGCUGAUGUUGAGGGUUUCUAGAGUGUUUUGCUGUGAGGGGACACUGGUGGUUUAUGAGUGAGAGGGGAAAAGGAAGAGGGGUGCUAUGUGUGGAUAAGGGGUGAUGGGGGAAAGGAAGGAAAGGCACAUCAGGAAAAGGGAGGGCACAUACGUCCUGAGGAGUGGGACAGGUGUAGUAGUGAGGAGAGACAAUGUUUUCACAUGUAGGGGAAGAGGGUGUUGAAUGUGUAGGGGUGAGGGGAGGAGGGGGCUGGGUAGGAAGUGAGUGUGGGGAGGGGAGGAGCUGUUACAUGGGGUGGGAAAUGUUUUGUACAGAGGUUGCUGUAUGGGAAGGGCUGAGAGCCAUGUUGGAGGUUUAUGAGUGGGAUAGGGGCUUGUGUAUAGGGGAGAAGUGUUAUAUGGGAAGGGGUGGGAAGAGGAGGGGAGAAGGGGAUCAUGGGCAGGGGCUUUGGGAGAGGGUAUUCUGUGCUUGGAGAGCUAGGGGAAGGUGGGUAACCUGAGAUACCCCAUCCCCACUUUAGGUUUUUUCUGCCUUCCCCCACUCCAUCCUUUCCACAGCCAAGCCUUGAUCACUACUCCCAGAGUCAAGAUUCUCCUCCUAACCAUGCCCCCCAUGAGCCCUCCCAUAGAGGCCUGAGCCAGUCUGCAGGGCAGGGCACAUGCACAGGGAAGAGGUGGGAAAGGACAAGCAUCAUUUUGGCUGAGGUCCUGAGGGCUACUCAGGACUGAGGGCCAUUUGUGUUGUGGCAACUGGUAACUUCAGGUACCCAGAAUCUUAGAAGGGAGCAACCCAGGAGCAGCAAGAAGAGGGUGGGCACAGGGGGCCUCCACACAUACAGGGAUGGGGAGCCCUUCCUGGCAGAGGGUGUCGUCAGGUUUGAAGACGCAAGGAGAAAGUGGACCCUUGGGAUCUUUCAGGACCACAGGAGGGUAUCCUACAGUACAGGGGAUCCUUGGGUCUUUGGGGUCCUAGGGGAAGAUAUGGUGGGAUAGAAUAAAUGGUUAAGGUUUGGCAUAGUGUAUACUGGGGGUCUUUGGGGUCAGACCUGAGUUCCUGUGGGUAGGUUAUUGUCAGAGCUUAGCCAAGCUGUCUUUCCUGGGUUAUUGUGGGAAGCUUGGGGUCUGAUGCAAACUUACACUGGUGGAGGAGGGCCAACCAGGGCCCAGGAUGGACUCUGCCUUGAUAAACUCCAGCAUCGGGGUUUGGGGGCCACUCUUUUUAGGGGCUGUCAGAGAAAGUGGAAGCCAAACAUCAUCUUCCCAACAACGGAAUUUAAGAGAGAAGGAGUUUAUGUGAUCCUGAGCCCACUUGGGAAAUGGCCCAAGCAAGGGUCACUGCCCCCUCAGCUUCCCAGAUCCUCUCUCCUCCUUAAGUUCCACAGGGUUUCAUCCCUUUCCACCCCCAUCCACUCUGUUCUCCCUCUCAGCAGCC